GGAAAUAUACAUAAAUACACAUACAGAAUACUUCGUAAUAUAUAUAUGCACAGAGGUGUAUAUGCGUAGUGUAUGCACACACGCGUGCAGUAACCGCAGAUGAUUCGAUGCUAUUGUUGACAUCUGUUCCACAAAUUCAAUCAUGUUUUCUAACAUGAAAAAAUGGGACCCGAAGAAACUCCUGUCAGACGCAGAGACAUACGUGCGUGCAAGUACGGGGGCUACUUCUACAGGCAGUGGAGGGGAAGGUAGAGAUGACAACAAGGUACAGGUAGCGCAAGGUAGGAAUAGUAGUACACGAUCACCUAGGAUGGUAUCAUCUCCACACCAGACUUCUCAGUCAUCUCCUUCACCAAGGCUUCGUAGAGACAAAGGAAGAAAUGGCGAAUCUGCGCAAAACCAGCAACAAGGCACUCCGAGACGCAAGGAGAUGGAUUACAAUGCAAUGCCUAGAGAUCAACUGGUGUAUGAGUUGAAGGCCUCACAAGCACAGUUUAUGAAGUAUAGGCAGCGUCUUAGCGAUGUGGUGAAUGCUUAUAAGAGUCUGCAGGCUGAACAUAAAGCGUUGCAACUCAGUUUCGAUGCGAUGCUGCCCACCGAGGAGAGCAGUGCACCGGGUUUAAGGGAUGAUUCUGUAGAAUGUACAGUUAAAGAAGAAAUCGAUGUAGGACCUGUCGUAGACAUUAUAGAAACACCAACAGCAAUAGGAGAAGUAGUGGGUCAUGGCGACGAUAAACCCGCCGGUUCAGUCGUUCAGAAUGAUUCUGCGUCUCCUGUAGUAGACAGUUCGAAGGCAGACACGGCAGUGGUAGAGAAGAGCUCUUCGGAUGGUGUGAAGGACUUGGGUGUGGAAAAUGAUUUUGGCAAUGAAGCAUCGAGCACGGAAGUGGGUGCAGACAGUUCAGUGGUCACUGUUACAGUUGAGCAGGAAGAUGGAUCCUCAAGUGAUCCGACAUCCGAUAAGUCUGGGAAAGUCAUGGAUCAAGAGUCCAACCAAUCACAGAUGUCAACUACAACAGGAUUAGAGGCUCCCAGUGCAGACGUCACAGUGAAUGCCGAGGGUGGUCGAGAUGACGAGGUAGGGCGUGAGGACGACGGUGUCGGACAGUAUGAGACAUUGAGCUUGAAUUUUGAGAAGGAGAAGGAUGCCAAUAAUAAGUUGGUAGCCACCAAUAAGGCAAUCAAGGAUGAACUGACGAUAGCUGAGAACAAGAUCAGCAAAUUGAAUGAGAAGGUGCAGACUCUGGCCUCAUCACUGUCCAUUAUCACCAAAGAAAAAUCAGCAAUGCAACGUGAUUUCCAGGACGAUAAGCGCAAACUAUUAGAAAGAAGCAGGUCCUCGUUAAAGCACUUAGAAGCGCGGGCCGAUGAGCGCACCGCCGCUCUUGGGGCGCAGUUGUCGGAAUCCAUCGCCAAACGCCAACAGGAGGUGUCCGAACGUGACAGGCGUAUCAGUUCGUUGGUGUCAGAGAGAGACAUAAUGAUUGGCCAGUUGUCCUCUCUGAAGAACAAGGCACAGGAGUCUGAGCAGUUAGGAAAGAACGCCGUUACCCAGUUGACGGAUAGGGGUACUAAGUUUUUCGAUCAGAUCAACCAAUUGACGAAUGAGUUGUCAGAAACAAGGCAAAAAUUAGCGGAGGCUACCCAGCAAAAGGAGGCUUUGCAAUUGUCGCUCUUUAUGAUGCGAAAGACCCACGAGCAGGCGGUGAGGAAGCAAUUGGCAGGCAGGGAAGGAGACCUGCAAGCCCUGAAGGCGUCUGCCAUCGCUGAACGCGCACGUGCUGAGCAGGCUGCUAGUGAACUAGCCAGAAUACAGCAGACCCAGGCAAUGCGAUUCGAGUCUGUUGAAAGCGAGAAGGCCAGUCUUAUAGCUCAGGUCACAGAGAUGUCCGUUCUUUUUGAAGAGUACGACCAACGCCGUCGCUUGGCCGAGGAAGAAUCACAGGCACUGCAGAUACAGAUUAACGAAGCCAACGACCGCAUCGAUGAGCUGCACACAGUCAUAGACGAUCUGAGUGCCUCUCCUGCCGACAGUCGGGGUGAGGCCCAUGACAGCGGGUUGAACGAUGGUGGUGAUGGGGGUGUUAGCAAGGCCACCAAUGGCUUGCUGCAUCAUCAUAUGAACGUGCACGGGACGGAUGGAAGUGAUAGGACACAGGCAACCGCAGAGGAGGAAGACCGCACGAAGGCAUCCGCAUCUGAAGCAUUUGCAGAGGACGUGUCUGCAAUCGGCACAACCGAUGAGGCAGGUACAGUGGAGAAGCACUCAGCCGGAUCACAGGCGCCGCCCACAAAUGCACUAAAGCGACUGCACAGCGUACAGGACUUAGCUGAUCUGGACCUGACGGAAGCGGAAGUGGAGCGCAUCAAGGAGAAGCUUCUCACCACGACCCAGGAUGAGAUACACAUGUUAGAGCAGGAACUGGCGAGUGCACUGUACACCCAAGCGGAGCUACAGAAACAUUGUGAGACACUGCUGGGCGACAAGACCGAGCUAGAACGCAUACGUAUACGGGACAGGGAGGUGUAUAAGCAGCAGAUGUUGGAUUAUCAGCAACGCACACUCUCCAUUGUCGAGGAGAAGGAGCGGGAACUGCGCGAAGCGAAGGCGUUGCGACGGAGUGACAGCUGCAACAGGCAAGCCAGCUCAGAGCGGCUAUCACGCAUCCCCACUCCCGACCAAGUGCGAAGCAACAGCGGCACCGUCUCCGACAUGGCGUCAGACGCCGAGGGUGCUCAGGGUGGUGGCGAUGGUUCAUUGCUAGUGUACCGGCAGUGGGGUAUAGCGCGUGAUAGGGAGUUGCGCGUCAUGCUCAAAGAGAAGUCGAAGCUCAAUGAAAAAUUGAGGGAAGCGGAGGAGAGUAAUUUGAAUCUCAAGGAGUUGAUUGAGGGUUUGGAAAGAAAACUCAAGGCCAUCGAACGGCAAGACAAACGAGAAAACGUAAAUAUAGAGUAUUUGAAGAACAUAGUAGUCAAGUACUUCAGUGCCACGACUGGAAAAGAGCAUCUCGCGCAGGCCAUCUGCAUGGUACUCCAGUGCGACCCAGACGAAACGGCGGCCGUGAUGAAAUCUGUCAACGAGGGGCUUCGGUUACAACACGGACAGGCCGUUAAGAAGUGGUUUACGUGACAUCCAUCUCUGUAAAGAAUAGGACAAUAACCCGUGCUGGUGCUUUUGUGCAGGGUUCUACUGCUUGCACCUGCGCGAGGUGUGGAAACUACGCGUUCUCAAACAACUGAACGCCCCAUGAUUGGUGAAUGUGGUAUAGGAGAGAGCUUCUGUGAUCGAUCGCCAAUUGUACACGUGAUGUACGCGGGUUAUUCUGCACAUGUACGGAUCGAGUGAAAGAUCUCGCAAGUGACAAGAAAGCUCCAUUGCCACCAACGGUAUACAUGCAAAAGUUGUGGCUCGCAUAGUCAGCAUGUUUGUCACAAUGCGCUGGAGUGAGGGCUACCUGAAGUAGCUCGGUUCAGUAGCUCGCCAAAAGUGAGGGCUACCUGAAGUAGCUCGGUUCAGUAGCUCGCCAGAAGUGACAAAAAUUAGCAGCUUCACGAGACACGCGGUCUCGUGGAUACAUAUUUCGUAGGUUGCUGAUGGCCGUCAGGCUAUACAUAGCUUCAGCCUCUGGAAGGCGCAUUCAUUCACGGGCAAAUGCGAGAUGAAAUGAUCGUCUUGGUGUCAAUAUGGGCAACAGGAAAGUAUAUGCCGCAUCGUAUAUGUAUAAGUCAGCCCCAACAUGACAAAUAGCAUCGGAUAUGAGCACCACUUCGAGUUUCGACGACUCUGGGCCUAAUCAUACACCACUCAGGGCAAAGCAAAGAAUGUGGCGGAGUUUAGAACCUUCGAGCCGUUCUCCUCUUAAAUCCGCAUUGUCAAGUCCCUUCACCUACUACUACCAUAUAUGUGAAGUAGAAAGGCGACUAAGGUCUGGUGCGAGCUGACCUGCCGACCUCGCGGGACUUGCACACAAUCCAUAAUCACCACACUAUAGCGCACUCCCUUGAGCGAUGCGCCGAGCGGUGUAGAGGCAGCAGAUCCUCGAUCAGUUUUUCAGUUAGCCACAUCGCUGCUUCAGAAACCAUCUAUAGGUAUAAUUAUUGCUUAUUACUAGCCACUGGUAGGGUUACCGUGGACGAUUGCGGCCAGCUCCCACGGGGGCGAAGUUCGGAUUCCACUUAGCGCUAGCACUGGUUUGCACGCAAUUUAGAAUUAGAGAUCGUGCGAGUGAGUAUGGAAGUGUAUGCUAGAACAUAACGCGAGCUCGAGUGAUCAACAAAAAAAAUGGAACGACAAUGAAUACUUGAUUCGAAAUUAGCAUGGAAUUGAGACUCGAUGAUCUGGGAAAAUAGCAGAUGGAUAUGCAAAAUGAUGAAACCCAUAGAAUUUGGUUCAAUUCCUAGAAUUGAAUCCAACUGUAAGAUCAAGGUCUGAAAUUCGAUGUCGACAUAGGAUUUUUUUUGUAUGCGUAUUGAUAUCUCACGGAGAUCAGCAUUACAAUCGGAAUAAGUGCGCCAUAGGUGAUUAGAUAAGAGCCAAUACCGUGUCUACAAACUUCACACGAUCAUCUGGGAUGUUUCCCAUUCUGCACUCCCACGAAAAACCACCAAUAUAGGUGCAACAUGUAAUACACUCGAACAGUACACGAUAGAGCACUUCGGUGGGCCGGCUAGUUAUGAGCCAAAGACUGCCAUUUGUAUGCGCCCAUCACUUUUCAGACGACUCCAACCCCCCGCCACACAAAAGUAUGCAGGAUAGUUCAAAGGUAUCAUCAGCGAGAAGUACGUCGAUUUGUACAAGUAUCUGUGAUACUUAUUCAUAUACACAGUCCGAGAUUCCACGCACAUAAAUGGUGUAUACGUAGAAAACACAACGGGUUAUAAGAGGAUCAAAUAUAUACCUUUCGCUCUGUUGCGCUGCCCAUUGCUCACCCGUCAGUGGCACAUCUUCGUCACUGCCUGGAAGUGAGCUUUCUUCCAUCUCUACAUUUGCAGCAGCCCAUUUCCCAAACAUCUUACUUACCUAGAAAAUUCCAAGCGGACAAAUAAUGCAAAAGAAGAUAGAACAGGGACAUUGUGAGGUGUAUAUAGGUUGGCAGUUUUAGCCCAAAAUCACAAAGUAGUCGGGAGACGAAUAUAAAUUUAAUUCGUAGCACACAUCCGGAAAAGAAAUCUGUCUUCGUAGCAGCGCAGCAUUCCUGGAACGCGACAACAACGAACAGCAUACAUACCUUCUUCGUAGGGCCUUUUUUCUUCUUUUUCUUCUGAGGUGAUCCAGCAAUGGGGCUCCGCUUACCACUCAGCCCGGAAUUGGUACCGGAAUUGGGAUGCGAGGGCACAUCUGAGGUACGAUCAUAAGACUCCAGAUCUAAAGCGCUCAGAUUUACACCUUCGUACAGGAAUCCCACUGUCUGUAUGAUGGUGAGACAUUCAUUACCAGUCGUGCUUACAACAAUAGUGGCCUAGAAUAUAACGGAUUUAUAUGUCGUUCGCAGAACAUUGGCUGUCGGCAUGCAAUAUCGUAAUGAUCAUCACGUCACGAACUGCAAUACACGAGAUUUACACAGGCAUGGCGAAAGGUCGGAAGAGAAACGUUGUCUGAUCUCGGCCAGACUUGCCAUUUCGAAUAAACCUUUCCGGA